GUUUUAUAUUACAAAUAUUUAAAGCGUUAUUGUUACAAUAAAUACUUAUCAUUUAGGUACCUAGAUAUAGUUUCAGAAGAUGAAGAUAUAAACUAUUUAGGUUAGUGGCAUUAGGAAGUGCUAAUCUAUGCUAAUCAAACCGUUGAGUUGUGGCGGAUACGAGGACAUUCAAAAUUAAGUUUUAAACCAUUGUCACAAUUUUGCAGCUGAUGACACACAAAAAUAGAACUCCGAAAAUGGUGCGAUGAAAAUUGUGGCAUUAUUUUUUGUUCACUUGUUCAGUAGGUAGUGUCUUUCAGCGAUUUUAUCGCCCAUUUAUAAUUGUACACAAUCAAUGCUUAUCAGAGUGUUUAAUUAAAUUUAUAAUUAAAUUUAAAAUAAUGAUAUAGUUUGGUAUGGGCAAUGUUGCCGAGGGUUCUACUGCGCAAGUCCGUAACCCCGUCAUGCGCAAUCGUAAUCGUUAUAACUCACCACCCACGACAUUACUGUUUGUGUUAUUUACUAAUUUAAACAAAGAAAAUUUUAUCAUUAAAAUUGAUGUAAAAGUAUCACAGUUAUACCCUUAUUCGGUGUUGUUAAGUUUGAAUGUAAAACACUUUGAAAAAUAUGAAACAAUAACCUCAAAUGUUCAAUGCAGUUGUUAUUAAUAAUUCCGUGUGUGUUUAGCAAGUGCUAUUUUAACAUAUGAUGCUAUGCAGUUUUUUGUAGCGUUGUUAUGUUUACAAAAAUGAUAACGGCUUAAUUCAUCGAUAUCUCGGCUGAACACUGAAAAGAAAAUAAAAUGCUAAAACUGUCCAGAUGAUGUCUGGCUAAUACCCUAGAAGUUAUUUGGGGUACUGGCGCUAAAGCCUAAUGGGAAAGGCAAGGGGAAACGGUGUGUGGAGUUGGCGCUGCCGCUGGAGCGUGGUGUCGAUAGCAGCGAUUGCGUUGGUGGUGUACAAUGCUGUUGCGAACAUGUGGCUGCUCCAUCCACCCUCGUGCCCCGUGCACACCACCCCGCCACCGACAGACCCUCCGACGUGCGAGCCUUGCAUCGACACAGUUCCCAAUGCUGCCUUAGAUGACGAUCCAAUAUCUAGGAUAGAUUUACGACUUGGUAGAUGGGAUGGCAGUCGAUCAUACAAGCUGUUUGACAACGCCGUUGUUGGCGACACGUAUUCUGAGGUGUCAUCAAACUAUCACGUCUGCUUAGCAACACAAAGCUCGAUAGAAAGACUUCAUGAGUUAUUAAGGACAGCAGCCCACUGGACGGGACCCAUUUCUGUUGCCGUUUUGGUUGCUGGGGAAGAAUUAAGGCUGCUGAGGGGCUUCACUACGUGGCUAUUUAGAUGCCAGCCGGAGAUUUAUUCGAGGAUAGCGCUACACGUCACUAUACCAGCGGCCAGGCCGGCCACACACGGCACGAUGCCGGCUUGGGCACGGGACUGUGAAACACCACCACUGCCACCAGAGGAUGCCAUCACAUGGAAAGUAAGGCAUCCAUACCCACAAAAUCACAUGAGGAACUUGGCAAGAAAGAACUGUCACACGCCUUAUGUAUUUUUAGUGGAUGUCGAUAUAGUACCUUCAAAGGGUAUGGCAGAUGCUUUAGAUAAGUUUUUAGCAACCACACCCAAGUGCCCACUGUGCGCUUAUGUGGUGCCAACUUAUGAAUUAGAUCAAAGAGUAGCAAAAUUCCCAGCUAACAAAUCGGAGAUCGUGAGACUGUCUAAAAGGAAACUGGCGAUACCUUUUCAUCGGAAAGUGUUCAUUUACAAUCAGUACGCCUCAAACUUUUCUAGGUGGGAAGCCAGUGGUGGUAACGAGACUUCGGAAACUCACAUCAGUCACGACGUGACGAACUUUGAGCUGCUGUACGAGCCGUUCUACGUUGCGCCGGAUACCGUGCCGGCACAUGAUGAGCGGUUCCUGGGGUAUGGAUUCACGAGGAAUUCCCAGGUUUACGAGAUGUUCUUAAAUGGGUAUCAAUUCAAGGUGCUAUCGCCAAUCUUCACGGUCCACUGGGGCUUGCAGGCGAGGACGAACCGGCCUCUAUGGCGGGAGAGACAAAACGAGAAGAACAGGAAACAUUUCGAGACGUUCAAGAGGGAACUGUUUGCGAGGUACAGGAAAGACCCUCUGCACUUACUGAGAAGACCGCAGCAGAAGAAGACCUAGGCAUCGCGAGGCCGUGCAACAUCCGCCGGCCUCGGAAUACUUGUACCUAUCGCGUCUCUUAUGGUCUUCUGACAGAAAUGAACGAUCAGUGUUUAAAGUGAGCUUACAAAUCUUUUUAAGAAUACAUCUGUCUACUAUGACUCUACUGAGAGAAACAUUGAAUGUCGUAGAGUAAAUGUUGAACGUUGAGACUUCCCCAACCUCAAACGUGUUGACUUUUGGUUUAAAUGAUUAAAUGGUCGUGUUAUAGAACUGUUGUAAUGUCAGAUUCUAGUGUAUAUUGGAUGUUUGUAUACUAAAGUAUUUAAUCGUAAUCAUGUUAGUUUUAUGUGAGUUAUUACAUUUACAGAAAUAUUGUUUGUUGUCAAAGAAGUCGAAACUGUUGUCUGUUUUCCAUGACAGAUUUUAACAAUGUUUAUUUUAUAAGAAAACCUUUACAUUUAAUUUAUCUUAACGCACACAAAGAUGUUUAUCGUCAGGUACUUACACUAGUAUAUUUUAUUGUUAAGAAGUUAGCACGUAGACAUGGGUUGUGCCUGUUAUUACCAUCAUAAUAUGUAUGCUGGUUGGUUCAUGAUUAUUCAUCCCUUGUUAUUAAGUAAAAAUAACUUUAACGUAUUGGACUGGAAUGCAAUGAUAAAUAUUUUCUUUUCGUUAGUUUUUUUAUCACGACUGCUGAAAAUCUUAAACAAGAGCAUGGUCAUUUAGCGUUGUAAAAAGUGUUUAAAUUUAAUUAAUAUGAAAAUAUAAGUUUGAUGGAAAGUGUUAAGGUUUACCAUCAUCUAAUUCUGUGUCUAAACCGUGAUGCUAUCGGAUAAAACUCAGAUGUGCCUACUUAAAUAUUGACGGCAACAGUGCAGCGUGCGAAUAGCAGACAUUGCUCUGUUCACUUGUUUAGGCGCUUAAAAGUAUUAAAAUCCAAGGAGUGUUAACUUCAAUAUCAGUUAUCGAUCUAAAACACGUUUUAAAAUACCCUUACAUCAUAAUAAAUUUAUUACAGGUUUUUAUUUCAUUGCAUUUAGAAUUAGAUUAUGAAAAGUAUAAUUGUUGGUAUUUUUUUAAUGAUCAUAUCUAUACUACGUAUUAAUACGUGUAAAGAAGAAAAUCUAUCACUACAUUCAGAAGGGGCAAACAGUAUUCCUAUUAGUUAGAUUGUUUUGACGUUUCUUAUCAGUUAAGCGUAUUUUUUAAUAAUUAAUUUGUUAUUGCUUAAAUAAAUGUUAGCUAUAGUAAGCACAAAUAAAGGAAGCACAAUUGUGAUGUGUUAUUUAAUAAGAAUUUUUCGAAAUAUAUUUUGUUCAUUCUGAUUUAUAGUAUUGCUUUGCUACAGCAGGAGAUCUACCUAGAUAUACUUAAUUUAAAUUAUAUUUUGUCUGCUUUUAGCAAGUACAGUUUUUAGUAGUUUCUUUUUUGAAGAA